AUGGCAAAGAACUUCGACUAUUUCGAACAACUUACGACCCGAACUGGACGUCUGCGGAUGAGAAGAUGUGGUCCAACACCAGCUUUGACUAUCUUCGUCGCUUACGCUCCAACAUCAAGCCACGAAGAAGAAGUCGAAGCUUUCUAUAUGGACCUGGAAAAGUUCUAUCGAGAAGAUCAUGCCUUCUACAAGGUCAUAAUUGGCGAUUUCAACGCCAAAGUUGGCCCAACAAGAACGCCUGAGGGACUUCACAUCGAGACCCACGGCCUACAACGGAAUGAACAGGGGGAGAGGCUCUCCGAGUUCAUCAUGACGACUAAGACCAUCCGCGGAAAUUCACAAUUUCGGAAGCCCUCCUCUCUACGAUGGACGUGGAGUCACCCGGUGGAGGGUAGCGCAGUGAAAUAG